AAACACGACAAAAGGGAAGAUUUCAGUGCCACUUUGGACAUUUCCCGCGAGCUGCCUGCUCUCCUCUUUGAAGAAAAUGUUGAUUGCAUGGGAUUUUUUCUUUUUCCCUCUCCUCCCUGCAGCUCGCUCCAGAAUGAUGAUGAUGAUGAGGUGGCCAACAAGACGUGGGUGCUGACUCCCAAAGUGUAUGAGAGCGACGUCACACACAUCCUCAACAGCCUGCUAGAUGGAUACGACAACAAGCUCAGACCCGACAUUGGAGUCAAGCCGACAGUGAUCCACACAGACAUGUUUGUCAACAGCAUUGGCCCAGUAAAUGCCAUCAAUAUGGAAUACACCAUCGACAUCUUUUUUGCUCAGACCUGGUAUGACAGAAGGUUAAAAUUCAACAGCACGAUGAAGGUCCUGCGCCUCAACAGCAACAUGGUGGGGAAGAUAUGGAUUCCCGACACUUUCUUUCGCAACUCAAAGAAGGCCGACGCCCACUGGAUCACCACACCCAAUCGAAUGCUUAGGAUCUGGAACGAUGGAAGAAUACUUUACACUCUCAGGUUGACCAUCGAUGCCGAGUGCCAGCUUAAACUGAACAACUUCCCAAUGGAUGAGCACUCCUGUCCCCUGGAGUUCUCAAGCUAUGGCUACCCCAGGGAGGAGAUUGUGUACAAGUGGAAAAGGAGCUCAGUGCAGGUCGGGGACAUUCGUUCAUGGAGGCUCUACCAGUUUUCCUUCGUCGGCCUGAGGAACACCUCUGAGAUUGUCAGGACCGUCUCCGGUAAGACAGGAUCUUAUUUCUUCUCUCCUAAAAAGAACACACUGUCUUUAUACAGUAAGGGUUAA